CAUUUGUGGUCUGAGGGCACUCACAAGGACGUCAAAUAGCAUGGUAACUUAUUGAAGGGAGUUGCUAUUAAACAAACAGAUAAGUCUUUGAAAGGCAUAUUGUUUAACAUGGUUCAAGGUCCUACUGAGAGUUAUCUCACGAGUCAGACUCAAGACAUCAUCAGCCUUGAUAGUUUAAUUAGAUGGGUGUUAAUGUACCCAUUUUUACAACAAGAUCUUGCUCCUGCCCUUCCAAAAUUUGUGGAUGAAUGUGAGCACUUAUGUUUCUUGCAACUAAAUCACAGGAUUGAAAAUGAAUUGCCCUUUGGUAAUGAGUUAGCAAAUUGGGAUCUUAAUAUGGCUAUUUUCUGGGAUGAGAUGGAGAGAAUACGCUUUUUUGAAGAGUGUUCACCGCAUGAUUCAAGAUAUAAGUGGAAUAGAAGUUCAUAUUUCUUGUUCGUUUACUCCAGAUUGGAAAAAACGGGUUCGAAACAGGGAUAUGCAAAAGAUCUUGAGGAAUAGUACUUACGAAGAUAAAGGGAUUGACAAGGUCCGCUUUUAGCGCAAUUGCAUAGAGCACAUCAAUCUUCCUCCGGGUAACAAAAGCGUAGAAGUUGUCAUCCAUAGACUUGUUAUUAAAGACCUACCUGAACUCUUACACGAAGUUGUGGCUGCCUAUCAUACUUUCUUGAUGCAAGCAAAUAAACGGAUAUAAGUUUUAUUAAAUUUACAGCUUUAGCUUUAGGCAUGAUUAUUUAUUAAUUUUUCAUUUUGUGCAGGUGUGUUAAAUCAUAUUCUGUAUUUGAAGACAUGCGUUGGACCUGAUCCCAAACAGAAGCUUCCAUUUAGUUUUUCAGCAUGCAGCAACCAACUUGAAGAACCAGAUUUGGGAAGAAAGAGAUUCAGAUUUGGAGAUAGAGUGAAUCUUUGCUUGAUGGAGACUAUAAUACCUAUGAACUUGCAUUUGACAAAGGCUGUGUGAGCAACUUUUCUUCAAAAAGUUUAGACAUGUUGCUAGAGAAGCUGCAUCUGGGUGAUAUGUUAUUCUCUCAUGUUUCCCCUUAAGUAUUUCCUGGAAAUGUCAUUUCUGCUUCAAGUUCUUCAUUGGACUGGAUGAGUACAGCUCCAUCUGAUGUAAAUCACAGGUUGAUCUCUUUGCUAUCUCCUACUUCUGGAAUGUUGUUCAGUAUCUAUAAUCUGCCGUUGCCUGGGCAUAUUCUAAUAUGCGGACCUGCAGGAAAGCAAAGGAGCUUUUGUGGGACUGGUCCCACUGUGCAAUCCCUGACUAAUUUUCCACAGAGCUUGAGCUGUUCUGGACGGUUUGACUUUCAUAUCAAUCUUCACGCACCUGCUGCUGCUGAACGGUCAGCUAUAUUGAAGCAUGAGAUGGAGAAACGAUCAUUGCAAUGUUCUGAUGAUCUCCUGUCAGAUAUAGCAUCAAAAUGUGAUGGAUAUGAUGCUUAUGAUCUGAAAAAGCUGGUAAACCGAUCCGUGCAUGCAGCCAUUGGUCGCUCAUUAUCUGCUGAUUUGGGAUCUAAAGAAAAUAGAAAGCCUACUUUGAUUCGGGAUGACUUUCAGCAAGCAAUGGAAAAUUUUCUACGGGUGGCCAUGCGAGACAUCACUAAACCAGCUACAGAAGGUGGUCGCUCUGGUUGGGAAGAUGUUGGUGGUCUUAAUGACAUUCGAAAUGCUAUUAAAGAGAUGAUUGAGCUACCUUCAAAAUAUCCCAACAUAUUUGCACAAGCACCAUUAAGAUUGCGAUCCAAUGUUCUCUUAUAUGGUCCUGCUGGUUGUGGGAAAACACAUAUUGUUGGUGCAGCUGCUGCAGCAUGUUCACUACGGUUCAUCUCAGUGAAAGGGCCCGAAUUGCUUAACAAGUAUAUUGGUGCUUCUGAACAAGCUGUAAGAUAUGAGCUACCUUGUAUAGAUUUCAUUUUCUACUUUUGGAGACAAUAUGCAUCUAUAUUUGUCUUUUUAAUUUCUCCUACUAUAGGUAAUCUGUUGUGAUAGCUUGUUAGUUUUCAU